UUGCAGGCAGUGUGCGGGCUGUAGACGUCGGUGGCUCGCCGUGGUCGUGGAAAAUGUGUUUGUGACUGAAGUCCCUCAUAAGUGAUAAUACUAUCUGAUAAUGGAGGUCAAUCCUCACGAAAGCGAAAAUAUAAUGAUGGAGGCUUGGCUUGACGACAAUCUUGAUUUUGCACAUUCAUACUUUGUCCGAAAGGCUUCUCGGGAAAUGGUCAACGCCUGGUUUGCUGAGCGUGUCCACUGCAUCCAGCCAUCUAGAGAAGGAUCAAAAGGCCUGCCAGAACCUUUAACAGCCCUCCAUACUCUGAGUGCAACUGAUGCACCAUCUUCCAGUCCAGCACCAUCCACCCCUACACGAAAGAUCUCUGCAUCUGAGUUUGAUAGGCCUCUUCGCCCGAUUGUCGUGAAGGAUGCAGAGGGUGCGCUUACCUUCUUAAGCGAUACAGAAAGGGUACAGAUGCCACUUCCUACCUCCCAGCGGCCAGGUUCAGGCAAUGGGACAGAUGAGGGUGGAGGUAGUAUGGAUACAGGUGGAGAUCGAGAAAACGGGGACCGUUGUGCUCGUCUUUUGGAGCUCGUACGUGAUGUUUCGAGUCAUUUGGACCUUACUGCCCUCUGCCACAAGAUCUUCUUGCAUACUCACGAGUUGAUAGAGGCAGAUCGCUACUCGUUGUUCCUGGUUUGUGAGGACAGCUCGAACACGAAGUUCCUGGUUAGUCGGCUCUUUGAUGUCGCAGAAGGGUCCACUCUUGAAGAGGCCUCCAACAGCGGCAUUCGCCUUGAAUGGAACAAAGGCAUUGUGGGAUAUGUGGCCGCCACCGGACAGCCUCUGAACAUCAAGAAUGCAUAUGAGGAUCCACGCUUUAAUGCAGAGGUGGACCAGAUUACAGGAUAUAAGACACAGAGCAUCUUGUGUUUGCCCAUCAAAAACCACAGAGAUGAGGUUGUCGGGGUAGCACAAGCAAUCAAUAAGAGGUGUGGAGAAAAUGCAACCUUCACAGAACAGGACGAGAAGGACUUUUCUUCAUAUCUGGCUUUCUCUGGCAUAGUGCUACACAAUGCACAGCUUUAUGAGACGUCACAACUAGAAAACAGGCGAAACCAGGUGUUGUUGGAUCUGGCUAGUCUGAUUUUUGAGGAGCAACAGUCAUUGGAGGUUCUUCUGAGGAAAACUGUAGCCACUAUCUUAUCUUUCAUGCAAGCCCAGGGAUGCACUGUCUUCAUUUCUGACAGAGAAACAGCGAACACGUUCUCUAGUGUGUUUCACAUGGAAUACAAGGACCUUGAUGGAUCUUUGGACCCAAACAGGGAAUGUGAUGUCAAUAAGAUUAACUACAUGUAUGCUCAGUAUGUAAAGAACACUAUGAAGCCACUGAACAUUGCAGAUGUCACCAAGGACCAGCGAUUUCCAUGGACAAGUGAAAAUUCACAGUCCACAAACUGUCAAAUGAAAAGUCUGCUGUGUACGCCAAUUAGAAACGGGAAGAAGGACAAAGUAAUAGGUGUCUGUCAGCUGGUCAAUAAGAUGGAUGAAGUUUCAUGGGAAGUGAAAACAUUUAAUCGGAAUGACGAACAGUUCCUGGAGGCCUUUGCAAUCUUUUGUGGGCUGGGCAUCCAGAACACGCAGAUGUACGAGACAGUGGAACGAGCAAUGGCUAAGCAAGAGGUCACACUUGAGGUCCUCUCAUUUCAUGCAUCUGCCGCGGAGGAAGAGACGCGGGCGCUCCAGGUAACUGUGGCAGCUACGAUCCCUUCAGCUCAGUCUCUCAGACUGCUGGACUUCAGCUUCAGUGAUUUUGACCUCACAGACACAGAGACCACCCAGGCAACCAUCCGUAUGUUUGUGGACCUCAAACUGGUGCAGAACUUUCAGAUGAAGUACAAGAGUUUGUGUCAGUGGAUUUUAAGCGUGAAGAAGAACUACAGGAAGAAUGUGACGUACCACAACUGGCGACAUGCCUUCAACACGUCCCAGUGCAUGUUUGCUGUGCUUAAGUCUGGCCGGCUACAGAAUAAUCUGAGUGACCUGGAGAUUUUAGCAUUGAUGAUUGCAACAUUGAGUCAUGAUCUGGACCACCGAGGUGUCAACAACUCCUAUAUCAAAAGGAGUGAUCAUCCUUUGGCUCAGCUGUACUGCCAUUCCACAAUGGAGCAUCAUCACUUUGACCAGUGCCUCAUGAUACUCAACAGCCCAGGUAAUCAGAUUCUGAGCAGUCUUUCUCUGGACGAGUAUAGGGUCACACUGAAGAUGAUUGAGAAGGCUAUUUUGGCCACCGAUCUGGCUCUCUACAUGAAAAAACGAACAGAAUUCUUUGAGCUUUCUAAGAACAGUCAGUUUGCGUGGGAGGAUGAAUAUCACAGAGAUCUCAUGAGGUCAAUGCUGAUGACCGCAUGUGAUAUCUCUGCUAUUACAAAACCCUGGCCAGUACAGAAGAGGAUAGCAGAGCUGGUUGCCACAGAGUUCUUUGAACAAGGUGACAAGGAGCGGAGAGAGCUAAACAUUGAACCUAUCGAUCUGAUGAACAGAGAGAAGCGGGAUAAAAUACCCAGCAUGCAAGUGUCUUUCAUUGACGCCAUUUGCACACAGUUAUACGAGGCAUUGACUGGUAUCUCAGAGAGCUGCUCCCCUCUGCUGGACGGCUGUAGGAAGAACAGACAGAAAUGGAAAAUGCUGGCUGAACAAGGAGAGGAAAGAGCUUUACUCAAUGGAGGACUGUAAUGGCUCUGUUGACAUACAGGUUUUCACGGACCAUCAGCCAUCAUUCCCAGCCCCUUUUUCUAGAGACUAAAGGAGUUUGUAAUUACAGUUACAAAAGCUUGAACCCUCGCUGGUUUAGUCCUUUGAUUGCUCCAGCAAUUUCAAAAAUGAAAGCGGCAUCGGAGCAGGGUAUUGGAAGGUUGGAUUAAAGAUGUAGCAGAUGAAAAUAACUACUCAAAGACUUAUCAGGAAGAAAAGUAUGCAUGAAUCUUUACCUGUCCAUGUUAUCCAAUGGGUACCAAAGAUGGUGAUUGAGGUUUUGAAACUGUGAGUAAACCAUUUUGACACGAGGAAUGUUCAAAACAAGUUUAGCGCUGCAUACGGUCAAUAACAACGGAAAAUAAUUCCAACUUGUCGUUCAGUCUUUUAAAACAAGCAACUUUUGCAUUUACAGUACUGAGCUUACAAUGGGAGUCUAUGGGGCAUGACAUUCCGGUGGGUUUAAAAGCAGAAAUGUUCCACUAGUAUUUUUAAGGACUUAUAUUAAAAGAAUAUUUUGGGUUCAAUACAAGUUAAGCUCAAUCAACAGCAUUUGUUGCAGAAUGUUGAUCACCAUGAAAAAUAAUUUUGACUCGUCCCUAUAAUAAUCAAGGUUACAGUUAGGCACUUACAAUGGAAGUGUAAUUUAUGUAAUUUAAUAAAAGCACUUACAUGAGUUUUAACAGAAGAAUUAAUGUAUUGUAUAUUAAAUCGUCGUUUUUAUGGUCGUUUUAGGGUUUGCGGCGUUACGUCAUCAUGGCAACGAAGUUGAAAAAUUGGAUAAACUUUUUUGUCACACUGGAAAUCAUGUUCAAAAAUAACACAUUGUUUACAUCUUGUGGCUAUACUUUUGAAACAGUGAGUAUUUAAACGUUUACAAAUCAGCCCCAUUCACUUCCAUUGUAAGUGCUUCACUGUAGCCUCGAUUUUUGCUUUUUUUAAAGAAAAAGAGGGACGAGUCGCAAUGAUUUUUAUGGUAAUCAACAUUAUGCCACAAAUGCUGUCGAUUGAGCUUAACUUGUAUUAAACCCGGAAUAUUCCUUUAAUUCUUUCAUACAGGUCGUCUAAAUCAUCUUUUCUGCAGUGGGACUACUUUUCUAGGCGCAAGAAUUUCUGACUAUAAGUUACUGAGAUAAUUCGUGUGUGUGGAUUUUUCUCUAUGUACAUUUUUCUGGUCUCCUUGCGAAAGUUACCGGCUUUACAUGGUCAUGACAGGAGUUGACAGAUUUACAUAGCUUUACAUAGACAAGGUUAGUGUGUGAUUUUACCACACUACCCUUAUAUUAACUAGGGCUGGGUAGAAAUGUUUAUUUUCUAUUGAGUCCCAAGAUCAAUCGUUUACUUUGAAUUUUGCUUCUGUUUUGGUUGUGUUGAUUAUAUUAUAUCUAGGGCUGUCGAUUUAACACAUUAAUUCAGUGCGAUUAAUUAUAUAAAAAAAUAACGUGUUUAAAAAAUUAGCGCAUUUAAUCAUGUCCCCAGACCUUAAUAAGGAAGAUUCCUGAGCAAUUCAAGCUUGAAGUACCACCUGUUUUCUCCAGGGGGCAGUAAGCGAAACUCCAGCUGUAUAGGCAACGUGCAGCUUACUCAGAGAACAAACCACACUCACCGACAGCAGAAAACACAUUGUUACAUUUAAAACACAGCUUGAUGGAGCGCAAAUCCAAACGCAGGGAUCUCAAGAUGUGUUUUUCUAAGUUUCAAACUUCAUUUAACUUGACACAGCGACCUAAAACAUUUUACGACGCAGCCCAAUCGAGACGCUCCAAAAGCAUCCGUGUGAUGCAAGUGUACAUUAACGCGUCCUUAAACAAGCCCUUAUAAUACAGCUCAGACUGAAUGAUGAAUAUAACUGUAAAAUGGAUUGCUGUAACUGUAGGCUAAUGAUUGGCUUAUGUUCAAUAAUAUGAAAAUAAACAAUAUAUUGAUUAAUUAAUCGGCAUACCAUGUAAUUCAUUCGAUUAAAAAUGUUAAUUGAUUGACAGCCCUAAUUAUAUAUGUAAAAUAAAUAGCAAUUGAACUGCAUAGUUUGGGCCCUGUUUUUAAUUAUAUUUUUAUAAUGUAUAUAAAAUGAUUUACAGUGCGAAUUUCUUUCAUAUGUGAGCAAAAUGGACACAGUUGAAAUAUGCCAAAAUGAAUCAGAAUCAAAUUAACCGUAUCGAAAUCAGAGCUGAAUCGAGAGCUCGUAAAUUGGUAUCGAAUCAAAUUGGGAAAUCUGUAUAGAUACCCAGCCCUAAUAUUAACAAGUGUUGUGUUUAUUGUUUACGUCUUGUAGAUAUAUUUUCAAAACAGCUGGUAUUUUAAUGUUUAUUCCAGUUCAAUGCCUUGCCCCAUAGACUUUCAUUUUAAGUCCAUUACUGUAAACACAAUUACUGUACACACAAAGGAUGAGUUUAAAAUAUAUUGUGAUAAUCAGCAAAAUCCCAUAAAUGCUGUCGAUGAGUUUAACUUGUAUUGAAUCCUGAACAUUCUUUUAACUAUCCUACACAAGCUCUAUAAAAGGGCAUUGGCACUGUACUAUAUUCUUGUAGCCUGUUUUUUAUUUUGUGCAACUCAUUUACUGAAUUACUGAAAUAAAUGCACAUAUUACAUUUUUGUUUUGCUACAUUGCACUGCUAAAGCCGGCAUAAAUGGAACCUGUUGAUUAAAAAGUCAAUGGAAAAGAUUUUUCACUGUUUGCCCAUUUCCAUGUAACUUUGUAUAAAACCUUUGUACUGAGUCUGUUUCGUAUUGUAGUUUUUUUUUUUUUUUUCACUUACAGUACGUGUGUACUUGCAAAGGAAUAUUGAAGAAGACUGUUCAGGUUGUAGUCCACAAACCCGGAAGAGAAUUCGCCAUGGGUUCCCUCGGGGUUUCUAUAAUGGGUUUUUGAACUUAUGAGUAAAAUAAGGUCUAUGGUAAACAUUACUUGAUGAUACGUGGACGUUUUGUUCUACAGCAUAGAUUACACCCAGUCAUGCCUCAAAUGUGAAUUUUUAAGCCGCAUUGAAUUACAUACUGUAAAAAAAAAAUGCACACAGCUUCAAAAUUCACGUUUGAGACAUGAAAGUGUGUAAUUUAUGUUGCAGAAAAGAACAUCUGUGUAUCAGAAUCAGAAUGAGCUUUAUUGCAAAGUAUGCUUACACAUACAAGGAAUUUGACCUGGUGACAGAAUCUUCCAGUGCACAAACAAUACAACAAGACAGAAAUCAUAAAAAAUAAAUAAAUAAAAAAGAAUAAAAAUAAGUGAAUAGAAUAUAAAGUUUAUAUAAAAAUACACAAUAAGACACAUAAAUAUAUGUAUAUCAUCAAGUAAUGUUUACCAUAUGUAACCGGUCCUGUUCGACCCUUUCCAAGUGGGAUUCGAACCGGGGUCUCCAACAUGGGAGGCAGGCGUUCUAAUGAGGAGGCUGAAGGCUACAACCCCUAGCGUUAGUUGCUAGUGUGCCUCGAGACAGGGGAGUGAGGUUUAUACACAUUUCACAGCACGUUCCAGCUGGCUCCCAUUACACUCACCCCCCUAAACCUCACUCCCAUCCGGGUCACGGCACCACCUACUCUGAGUGGGAUUUGAACUGGAGUCUCCGGCAUGGGAGGCGGUCGCUCUAACGAGGAGGCUAAAGCACCUAGCGUCAGUCGCUAGUGCGCCUCUUGAGCCAGGGGAGUGAGGUUUACACACACUGCACAGCAUGUACCAGCUGGCUCCCAUUACACACAGACCUUAUUUAACACAAAAGUAAAAAAACUCCAUUAUAAAAACCCAUAGGAAAAUCCAGAGGGAACCCAUACCGAAUUAGACUUCCGGCCUACAAAUUGACAUCACGGCUGCCUGUGAACGUAUUUUAAUUUACGAUAUUUGUCAUCUAUUCCACAAAUGUGUGAAAUUCUUUGUUAAUCACAUGUACACACCCACAAAGCAUAUACAUUUUGGAGUGGAGUUGAAACAAGAUAUCUGUAGAAAUGUUAAUGUUCAAGUUGAAAAUACUGUAAAUGUGUUUAAAAAGAAACUUGAUAAAUUUUCUUGACCUUGUUGGAUCUAGUAUAUUUGAUUUAACUCAGUUAUCCUAUGUCUAUAAUCAUUUUUUUAUUUAUUUUUUACAGUGUAUUAUUUAAGAGGCAACUAAUGA